UUCACUGGCCAUGCCAGUGCUUGCAACUAAUGCUGAGUCAGAAACAGGUAUCCCAAAAUCCUUUUCUAAUGAGCUUCUUUCAGAAAUCAUGGAGGAGAUAGAGCACACAUGUCCUCAGCCUCAACUGACUUUGACAGCACCGGCUCCAUUUGCAGGUGAAACAAGCUGUCAGUGCAGAGCUCCUCAUGAGAAAUUAACCAUUGCUCAGGCCCAUCUUGGAACACCAGUGGACAGACCUGUCAGAGUCUAUGCAGAUGGAAUAUUUGAUCUCUUCCAUUCUGGUCACGCAAGAGCUCUCAUGCAAGCCAAAACUCUGUUUCCUAAUAGCUACUUAUUAGUAGGAGUUUGCAGUGAUGAUCUAACACAUAAGUUUAAAGGUUUCACUGUAAUGAAUGAAGAAGAACGUUAUGAGGCCCUCAGACACUGCCGCUAUGUAGAUGAAGUAAUCAGAGAUGCUCCAUGGACGCUCACAGCAGAGUUUUUGGAAAAACAUAAGAUUGAUUUUGUAGCCCAUGAUGAUAUUCCAUAUUCUUCUGCUGGUUCAGACGAUGUUUACAAGCAUAUAAAGGAGGCGGGUAUGUUUGUACCAACUCAGAGAACUGAAGGUAUCUCAACUUCAGAUAUUAUCACUAGAAUUGUACGUGAUUAUGAUGUCUAUGCCCGUCGCAACUUGCAAAGAGGAUAUACUGCUAAAGAGUUGAAUGUCAGCUUUAUAAAUGAGAAGAAAUAUCGUUUUCAAAAUCAGGUAGACAAGAUGAAAGAAAAAGUGAAGAAUGUGGAAGAAAGAUCGAAAGAAUUUGUGAAUAGAGUUGAAGAAAAAAGCCAUGAUCUCAUUCAGAAAUGGGAAGAAAAGUCUAGGGAGUUUAUUGGCAACUUCUUAGAACUAUUUGGACCAGAUGGAGCUUGGAAGCAGAUGUUUCAAGAGAGGAGUGGGCGCAUGCUUCAAGCCUUAUCUCCAAGGCAAAGUCCCACAAGCAGUCCAACACGGGGACGUUCCCCAUCACGUUCCCCGUCUCCUCCUUCCCCUUGGCUCUUCAGAAAGGCUUCACCACCUUCCUCUCCAAAAGUUGCCUCAGCAUCCAUUAGCAGCAUGAGUGAAGGAGAUGAGGAUGAAAAGUAAACAAGGGAAAAUUUGUAGUAAAAGAAAGAAGAAAUAUACCAAUGGCUCUCCAUACAGUUCAAAGUAGAAGAAAGAAAAGGAUGCAUAAGAUGUUUCUGAAAAACAAAGUUAUUGAGAUUAUUGGAGCACUGAAGAUCUCAACUAUAAAGUAGUACUUGCCAAAGGCCAGCCUGUCAAAAAAAGUCACAUAUGAUGACAGAAUAUAUAACAACGUCAUUAUUUUCCAACGGUUAUGAAUACUUUUAAAUGCAACUGCAGCUAUUGCUGCUUUAAGCUGUUGGACUGUUGUGAGGAUUGUUGGUUGAAAGGUUAAUUCGGCAAAUGUUAAGAAGGAUUUUUUUUUAUUAAACAAGGCACAUUUAAAUUUGAAUAACACUGCACUCUACUAAAAAGUUGUAUCUCACAAGAAUAAAAUGAAGUACUGCCUAGAAACAACAGAAGUUCCUACAGUGCCAGGAAACACUCAAAUAAAAUCAUGCCAUUAGAAUUAAGCUCUGUCUUUCACAGUUGACACAAUAUAGGUCUACUGAAUUUGAUUAAUAUUGCUUAAUGAGCAGGCUUUUGUA